AUGCUUAAUGUUUCCCUAGAGCUAAAUCUAACCUAUAACACCCUGGAGUAUACAUUCCCGCUGCUCGAAGUGUUGGGGUUGUCUUCUUGCAACUUGACCAAGUUCCCCUCUUUCCUGAGCUCGUUAAAAAGAUUGAUACGCUUGGACCUCUCGUCCAACAGGAUUAGUGAGGAGAUUCCUUCUUCGAUUUGCCAGUUGAGUUCGCUUCGGUAUCUGAGCUUGGGUAAUAACAGUCUCUCUGGGAAGAUGCCACCAUGUGUCGGUAAUAUGACCAAUCUCGUUUAUCUAUACCUAAGCGGCAAUAAGUUACAAGGCCUGUUACCGCGCUCCCUAGUCAAGUGCGUGAACAUAUCGGUACUACUUCUCAGUUACAAUGAGUUCGCUGAUAUAUUCCCACAUUGGCUGCAAGCAGCGCGACUAUAUGCCCUUGAUCUAAGUGCCAACAGAUUUUAUGGUAUUAUCAAUCUCACUACCUUUGGACUCAUCUUCCCUGCUCUUGAGUACUUAUUUAUUUCCCACAACAGUUUCACUGGACAGUGGCCCACAGAGGUUUUCUCAAACACCUCAUUGGCUGUGUUAGAGUUGUCCUACAACGAGUUUGGAGGGCCAAUUCCACUUCCAUCUCCCUUCACGUUUUUUUAUUGCAUUGCUGGCAAUAAUUUUACGGGAAAGAUCCCUUCUUUGAUAUGCGAUGCCAGCAAGCUCGAGCACCUCGACUUGUCAAAUAACAGCUUAACUGGUAGCUUGCCUCGGUGCUUAACAAAUUUCAGCAUCGAUCUGUCAAUUUUGAACUUGCGAAUGAAUCGCCUUGAGGGCACAAUUCCUCAAUCAUUUUCUUGGAGAAAUAGCUUGGCGACUCUUGACUUGAGUCAAAAUCGGUUGGAAGGCACAUUGCCCCGGUCCCUCAUCAGAUGUGAUUAUUUGGAAAUUCUGGAUCUCGGUAACAAUCGCAUAGAGGAUGGGUUCCCAGGAUGGUUGGGUACACUCCCAGAACUAAAAGUUCUCGUUUUGAGAUCCAACAAUUUCAAGGAUAAUUUGGAUUUACCCAAGGGAGCUCACCGCUUCUCCAAGCUGCGCAUUUUGGACCUAUCCGACAACAACUUUGGCGGUCCUUUGCCAUCCAAUUUGAUAAUGCACCUUGAAGCCAUGAUGAAUAGCGAAAAUGACCAAAGCAAUUCAUUGUAUAUGACACAAUUUUUUCGAAGGGUGGUAGGAUAUGAAAAUUCAGUCACCGUGAGCAUAAAGGGGCAGAUUCAGCUACUGGUCUCCUUGACCGUCUUCACAAUCAUUGACUUGUCGCACAAUUCUUUUGAAGGGGAUAUCCCAAGAGUUAUUGGACAUCUUCACUCUCUCAUAGGGCUCAACCUUUCUCAUAAUCACCUUCUUGGUUCCAUCCCCGAUAGUCUAUGGAAUUUGACCAAUCUUGAAUGGCUUGAUCUUUCUUCGAACAAGCUUGGUGGUGUAAUUUCCAGGAAAUUGGGAGAUUUGGCAUCCCUUGGGUACUUAAACCUCUCGAAGAACCAACUCAUCGGUCCAAUUCCUCAAGAUAAGCAUUCGAGCACAUUUUCAAGCGACUCAUUUGGUGGGAAUCCAGGAUUAUGUGGAACUCCGUUGCCUAAAGCAUGCCUCGACGAUGCUCACCCUCCUCCACCAAGUAUCAACCGGAAAGGGUAUGAGAACUGGAUCGAACAGAAUGUAUUGUGGGUAGGUUAUGCAACUGGAAUCGUAAUUGGGAUUUCCAUAGCGUACAUUACAUUUGAAACAGGAAGGCCCAAAUGGCUCGCGCAAGUUGUGAGAAUGCUGGAGAGAAGAGCAAUUAAGUGCAUGGAGAAGCCAAAGCAGAAGGUCAUCAAGUUUCAUGGAUAA